AUGGCGGUAGUGGAGGAGGACGACGGGAGAGAAGGGGAAGAGGAAGCAGGCGGCGGCGUUCAUGGUGGGGGUCGGUCAGCGUCCAAGCCCCCGUCGAAGCUGUCCGUUAGCGAGAGAAGGAAGAAUGUAGGAAAAGUGGUAGACACGGUUGUGCAAGAGCUAGUUUUCGGCCGAAAAAACAGGAGCAAGUCGGUCUUCAGCCCCGCGAAGGGGACCGGGGUCACCGCGACGUGGCUCAAGGAUAAGAACGCCAGGGUAGCCAUAUCCAAAGGCGGCGGCGGCGCAGGGGAAGGGCACCGUGGGAGUGCCGGGCGCUACCAAUCCGUGCCGAGCCCGAGCUAUGCCGAAUCCAGCGGACAUGGCAGCGGGCACGGCAGUGGGCACGGGAGCAGACAUUGGAGGACCGCCGCGAGAGCCGGGGACGGCAGCAACGCGGACCCGGACUCGAACGCCACGACGCCCCGAAGCGGGGCGGACAGCCUGACGCCGCUGGGGGCGGCCGUCCCUCCCAGGCUCUCCUCCUCCCCGAGGGAGGAGUAUCGCAGCGGCGGCGGCGGCGGCGGCGGCGGCGGCGGCGGCUUCACGCCGCAGUACGGGUCGUCUGCCGCUACCACCGCCACCGGGUCGACGACCACCGAGGAAUCCUUUCCGGUGGAGCCCGGCGGGCGCAACAAUUCCGGCAGCAGCAUCGAGAACGGCAGCAGGAGCGGCUGGGGUGGCGGUGGCGGCGGCAGCGGCGGCGGUGGAGACCACCGCGUAAGAGGUGGCGGCGGCGGCGGCGGCGGCGGCGACGACGUGGGCCGGGGCUCGGGCUCGAUCGAUUCGCUUGCCACGGACACAGCGGCGUCUAGCCUGCACGGCUACGGCGGGGGCGGCGGCGACUGGGACGUCUCCAAGGAGGAGGACGGCGGGAGGGGAGGGGAGCCGGGGCUGGACGGGGUAUUGGCGGCGGCGGCGGCGGCCCUGGCUGCCGCGAAGGAGGUGGCGGGGGGAGCGCGGGUGUCGAUAACCCCCGCCAACACCCAGCACCACGUUUCGGAGUCUCUCCCGCCUCCCCCCCCACCCUUGUCCCUGGGAUCGUCCUCCACCGAUGCCGGCGGCGGGUUCGAGCGGGGGGGGCCCGCGACGGGAAGUCCUCGGCUGGGAGGGGGGGGUUACGGGGGGAGCCGCCGCCCGCGGGGAAUGAGCCUGAACGACGUGCGGCUGCCGCCCCCGUCGCUGUCGAGACGUGGCGGAUCGGACAAGGAGGAACGUGGCGCCGUAAGCUUGCACGGCCGCGGGGGCGGGGGGGCGGGUGCGGCGGAGGAAAAAGAUCCGGCGUUUGCCCGCGCCUUGGCGGAGGUCGCACAAGCAGAGGCGGAGAUUGAGGCCGCGGAAGUUGCUGCGAUGGAGGCCGAGCGACUGAGGACGUCCCGCGUGUACUGCGAGGCCUGUCCGGACGAUGGAGUGACGGAGUUCUUGGCAGACGGAGAGAUGAGGGGGGGAGGCCCCUCGUGGAAGGGGCUGGUGACGGCAGUAGUCGCCGAGUACGUUCACGAGUUACCGGAAGGAGCGCUGGUAGGGAUGGAGGCCGUGGUGGUCAGUGACGUGCCUGGAAACACGGGACGAAGACACUCUGCUCCUACGGAUGAGGCCUUGGCUACCAGCGGCGGUGAUGAGAAGGAGAAGGCGGUGGCAGCAGUAGACGACGGCGGCGACGGCUCCGGCGGCACCGGCGGGGGGUACGGCUGGGGGGGCGCGGCGAGGUGCGCGCUGGCCAUGGCAUCGGCGACGUUUCUCGAGGAGGUCAUGGGAAUGGGAGGCUUCCCCCGCAUGAAGGCGAUGCGCUGCUUCAGCGCUUCCCUGCGCUGCGGGCGACCCCGCGACGCAGCAGGAGACUAUCUAGCCCCCAGCAUCGUUUGCGCACGCAGCAACAGCAGCAGUAGCAGCAGCAGUAAAGGAAGCUGCAGAGGGAAGCGUACGAGCGCGAGAGAUCCGGCCCCGUUUUCUGUCGAUGACGGAGUGGUACGGUUGCAGGGAACGCGUUUGGAUGGGGCGGCGGCGGCGGUGGCUGAGAGUCCUGGGGGGAUGAGGUUUGAGGAUCUGUUAGCGAUCGCUGGAAACGACCCAUCGGGCGCCCGGUUGGUCGACACCAAGUGGAGGACGUGCUGGUAA